AUGUCGACGGUGACUUUCUGGUUGCACGGUGGCACAUGUUUCGGGACGCUCACCUAUCAACAAAAAGAGGGAAACAACGAGGGACAAAAAGAGUUCGUUGCAGCGCCGGCGAUCUUCGGUGAUAUGAGUGUGGACUAUCCGGAACACUCGGCUGAAAUAAUCAACAGGACCUACACGUUGAAUGAUGAUCUCCCCGAUGCCCCUCAACUGAUGAUCGAAAUUCGGGAUCUUGAAGGUGGAAUUCUCAGCAUUCGCCUCAGUGACAGCAACAGUGAACAAGGGAAAGAGUUUCAGAUCACUGAAAAUGGCCCAUUUCUUUUGUGUCUUCAAGCCGACGAGUUGAUGCACACAUGGACUCCGACAUCAACAAAUUCGAGUCGAUUCUCGGUUUUCUAUCGGCUCACCUCAUUCGAUGUCUCUUUGCCGGAAUGUUUCAUCGAACCGACAAGGCCUGUUGAGGAGAUCGAAGAGACGAGAGAGUCCUUUAAACUCUUCUACAUCUUCAUUCCAAUUGCAAUUGUCGUCUUCCUUUCACAGCUCAUUUUUUACACCUACCAGCUCUGCAACGAAAAGCAAGGUUCCCAGAUCGAGUACACCAGAAGCGUUGACCCAUGGGAGAUCGAUUCGCUGCAAUUGACGAUUUCAAAUCGAAUCGGUCGAGGAGAAGCCCUUCUCAUCCAAUCAAACGUUCGUAAAGGUCGCUGUCAAAAAGCCGGCCACUCCACAGGAUGUACUGCAACCAAUGUAAUUUUCGUUGAGGAUCUGUAUCGAAUCGCCUGGGAGGUGGCGAGUGCACUGGAGUUCCUCUCCUCAAAAAAUCUUCUUCAUCGUGAUGUGGCGGCGCGCAAUGUUCUGCUUACUUUGCAAAAAACAUCUAAGCUUUCCGACUUCGGGCUGAGUCGUAGCUCAAAUGAGGCGCUCUACACUUCGCAUGGCGGCUGUCUCCCCAUCAAAUGGACGGCUCUUGAGGCAAUCGAGUUCGGUAUAUUUACCGAGAAAGCUGAUGUCUGGUCAUUUGGGGUUCUUCUCUGGGAAAUGUUCUCUUUCGGUGACACGCCCUACGAGGAUCUGGAGCCAUCAAGACUGCUCGGCGAGCUGCAGAAAGGCUUUCGAUUGAUACCCCCGCACCGGACACCGACACAAAUUUCGGAAGUGAUGACUUCUUGUUGGAAAACCCACGAGCUCUUCUUCGUCUCACCACAAAUCCAACAAAUCACCGGUGGAUCGUUGCGGUUCGAGUUUACGAUCACGAAUCGUUUCCACGACCAGCCGCUACUCAACAAAACUCUUGAAAUCACCGAAACGAGUCCAAGUGAAAACUGCUAUUUCGUGGCCACCACUAUUCAGGUUUUGACAACCGAUAGAUCAAUAGUC